AUGAAAACGCAAGAAAUAAACGGGCAAAUAAUCGCCCAGGGAAAUUACACACGCAGAGCAUUCCAAACAAAUAACAUAAAGAUAAAAACGAGUAGCAUAGUAAGUACCAUAGAAAGGAUUCAAACAAAAAACAGUAACAUACUAACCCUUAAUGAAAAUUUAAUCUCCAAAAUAAGGAGCGAUGGAUUGGAAAUCAUAAAAAAAGAAGGAGAAAUUUUAGACGUUAAUUCAAAGAAUGUUUGUUAUGCUCUCAAAAAUGGUAAGUUUCGUUUGAUUAAUCAAAAUGGAGUCAAUACAACGAGGAUAAAAUUACCAUAUGACAAUGAGGUACUUUAUGUAACGUUUAACAAAGAAAAUGGGAAAUUUCUGCUUCUCUUGGAUAAUAAAGGACACUUAUAUGUAUACAGUAUUAAUGAGUACAAGGUAGAGUUAAUUUUUUGUUUGAAUUUUCCACCAUAUCAGAAAAAAUCAUCAUCUUGGACCUCUUUCACCUCAUCCAAUAAUGAUGGUAUUGUGAAUACAUUAAAGAGUGGCCUCCCUCUAAAGGCUAGUUGGCUACCCAAGAGUGACAAUUUUUUUCUAACAGGACAUAACAAUUGUUUAUAUAUUUGGAACAUAUCUUUGCUGAUUAAUGUGAUGACUGCUAAAAAAUGGAAGGACGAGGUGGAUGUGACUGACCAGCUGGUGGCUGGGUGUGCUGUCACGUUGCUCUUUGAACCCAUCAUGUGCAGGUACAGAUAUGUGUGUUCUAAGGAGGAAGAUAUUCAAUCGGGCUGCGAAGUGGACAACACGUCACACGACGCCGCGACCGAGGAGAAGACGCUGCUAAACAGCUACUGCAUGAGUCUCAACGGGAAGUACCUCCUCGCGCUGGUGAACAAUCACUACGCAAUAAUUUGGGAACUACAGCGCAGCAAUCAGGAGAUCAAGUUUACCCUUGUGGGUUUCAGCUCCCUCAAGAAGGAGUUGAAGCAGGUUAAAGCGAUGCUGCAGACAGGGGGGUCACAGAACGGAGACGCCGAAGCGAUGGGGCAGGCGGAGGGACAGGCGGCGGGACUCCAACCCAGUGAGGCGAACAGGGGAAGCGACCAGCACAGCCGAAGAUGCAUCGAUGUGGAAAUAUCCUCCGUGCACAUAUUGAACAGCUUCUUUCAAGCCAACGAAAGUGGUGAAGGAACAAACCAGAGCACCUACUACCUGCUCGUUUUCCACAGCUCGUGCUGCAUAUCUGUUUUCCCAUUUAAUAAUAAAUGCGACCCCAGCGGAGGAGACACAACGGAGCGUAUUGAUAUACUAAGGCAGAGCAGCGUACAAAAUAUUUUUGUGGAGAGGGACAACGUGAGCAUAGAAAACAUUGAGCUCUUUGUGGACCCCUCGGAGUUCUUUGUCUUUUUUAACAUCUCCUACCGUGCAGGCGAUUCACACGCUCCGGACACCAGCAGGAGUCUCAUCUUCAUCCUUGAAAUAUUUAAUAAAAAAAGACUAGACUUUAAAAUACACCCCAAAUUUGUUCACCUACCUAACAACUCCAUUUUACCCCUCUGCUCCAUCAGAUUAAUCAAAACAAACGAAUGUCUUAAAUUCUCAAAAGUUUUAAACGUUUCUGUUUCUUCUUCGUCUUUAAAUAUAAUUAACCUUUUUAUGUUUUCCAUUAUUUUUAAUUCGUCCAAGAAGAGUGGUGAUGCGAACCGUCGCAGUGACGAAGCAUGUGUUAGCAUAAGGAAGAGGCUAGAGGAUCUUAUGGGCAAGGGUGACGCCGAUGAGGCAGUUCAGCCACCCCACGCAGCGGAAGAAGGAGCUUAUGCACCAGAGAACCAGCUCAUGGGUCAUCCAGAAGUGGAGAAUCUGAAUGCCCUGACCAGCGAAAGGAACAAAGCAGAGCAAUUGGAGAUGGCGUGGAAGGUGUGUGAAGGCGGAAGGGAUGUAGCCUUUGUGAGGGGCUUCCCUGAUGGAGGUCUUGAAAGUGCAGGCAGCAAUUUUUAUGUAGAGGAUAUCCCCACGCAGAAUGAGAAACCCGUUGAAGAAAUGCAGAGGAAUGAAAAGUUAGAAAAAUUGGAAGAACAGCAAAAGGGUGAAGAAGUAGAAAACACGAAACGGUUAGCGCUAACGAUGUCGCAUAGGAGCAGUAGAAAUGAGGUCCACUCUGAUGCCCUUUUUUCUUCUAUGGAGGGAGGAAAGGGUGUUGCUCUACAAGGAGAAACCAACCAAGUAGGCAUUGACAUACCACUUUCCCUCCACGUUGAGGCAAAAACAGAAAUUAACGAACAGGAAGAAAAAAAAACCGUCGAACAUAACAGCAACAUUGAUAUUAUCAUGUCGACGCAUGAGGAUGCACUGAGGAGAUUCAUGGAGUGUGAGGACGGAGGUGAUCCCAGCGAGAUGGACCAUCCGGAGAAGUCGGACGAGGAAAGCAUUCCCAAAGUGGACACUCAAGAUAGCGCUAACGAUGGAGAGGUAGCAGUAGAAGAGCAGGUUCCACUCGAGGGAGACAUAGAACAGAACGAGUCUUAUGAUAAGCAGGGGAACGAAGGGGGUAUGAAGAAGGAGAAAAAUUUGAAUUCCUUUUUGCACAAGUUAGGGUUUUUUAAAAGUAGUCCUUCCACAUAUGGGGAGACAGCAGCGGAGGAAGCAGCCCGGAAAGUCCCUUCUGAGAAGAAGACACCCACCAUAGUAAGCAGCACCAACCAGGGGGGUCUCCCGAAAGAGCUCAUAGAUGAAACGGAGAAGGAAAAACAGCUGGAGGAAUUAUCACACAAAGGUAAGAAUAAGUCAGACGAGUGUAGCGAGGUCUGUGAGACUCGUGGAAGGGAGCACUUGGUUUUGGAUCCCACGGAAGGAGGAACUCUCAUGGUAGGUAACGAGACCAAGAGGAUGGUGAAAAAAGAAGAAAGUGAUAUAAUCGGAUUGAAUAAAUGCUCUAAUAAAGAACGAGAAGGGGUAACCGUUAAGGCAGACUUAAGUAACAGCACUCCGUGGGACCUUACUGGGGAAGGACAAACAGGAAAGACAUCAGAUGACACGCUCAAACAGCUGUGUAGAGAGAUAUGCAGAAAGGUCAGUGACCAAAUGGCAGAUAUGAUAUACAAGGAAAUUAGAACCUCUGGAGUGGAAAGCCUGACGAAGGGGGCCGCUGCUCGGGGACAAUUCAAGAAGGAGGGGCACUUGGAAGGAAGCAUUAAUCGAGGAGGAGAGGAAGAAGGAGGAGAAAAAAAAUCAUAUGAAGAAAUGGCAGCCAUGGUUAGCAAUUGUGAAAGGAGGGUAAAUGAAAUGAUGGAGGAAAUGUCCAUCCUGAGAAAUGGAAAUAAAAAUAUGAAUGGAAAAAUUUUGUCCAUUGGCACAACGGUGGAGAAAAUUUACGAUGCGGUCAAAGGGGGCGGUCCCCACCCUGGAGGUUCUCAAAGCGGAGGCCCUCACAGCGGGGGGGUGAACGGCCAUGGGGUGUACCCGCGAGGACAGAAGACCAGCGGGUAUGAAGGCAAAGUGGAGAAGCUGAUAAGCGAAAUGAGCGCUUUUAAGAAAGGCAUGUACAACGUGACGAGCAAACUGUCGGAGACGUUAUCGUGCAUGUCGGAGGAUUUGAAGAGCUCCUUCGCGAAGUCGCUAAAGGGGAAUAACGAGCAGCUAAAGAGGUGGGCACUGCACGAUGUGCGACAUGGGCGAAGGGACGAAGAGGGAGAGGCAUAUCAAAUGGGCACCACCGCGGAAAACGGGGUAGAUUACGACGUGGACCAUGAUAGGGCCACAGGACAGGCAGGGAAAAAACACACACUCUCUUUUAACAAAGACAUGGCGGAUUUCUUUAACAGCGCGCAUCAGAACGCCGUGAAGAAAAUCAUGCCCGCUGUUAUCUCGUCGGAGAUUCAAAUUCAGUUCGCCAAAAGUGUAAUCCCCGGAAUGAAGGAAGCAUACAACACGGGCUUCCAAUCAAUGAAGGAGUCCCUAAACUCGUUGCUAACAGAAAACAAGCAAUGGUUAAGUAUAAGCAAAAUAUUAUGUGAGUCUCUUAUCAAGACAUCAAAUUUAACAAUGGAAGAAGCAGACUUUAGGAUGAAAUGGGUUCAGGAGUGUCUCCAACAGUUGGACGUAAAUCACUCCGACUUAGUAAAAACGAACUCGUACAUUUUUGUAAAAAAUAUGGUUAAUAAUAUUUCCGCAUUUAGCUACCUUGUGGGAAAAGAAAUUGGAAAGCUCAACGAUAGCCUUGUCAAUUUAGCAAACCUUGACUUGAACAGAAGGAUAUUUUUAAAUGAAGAUUCUCAUUUUAGGGAUAAGAAGGUGUCAGGCAUGUCUGGCGUAGAGGAGACAGAGUCCCUGGCUAGUAGGAACUUGUACUUGGGCUCGCCGCAGAAGUAUUAUUUGCACAACAAGAAUAUGCUCGUGGCGCUGCAGGAGAGGCUCAUGCUUAUUAGGAAGCUCCUCAAGAGGUACUACUGA